AGUGAGUUCACUUUGCACAAUCAAACUCUGGUGACAUGGGGUCCCGUUGCCAUUAUCUUCACUGGAUUUCAAUAUGGAAUCUCAUCACAGUUGUUUGGAGUUUCUCAUCACCAAAUAUCAAUUCCAGUGUCAUUCUGGGAGGACCCCACAAGGCUGAUUCAGCCAUUCUUGUCUCAAGCUCUUCUCAGAUAAAUGUUACCUGUGGUUCUGAGGUGCCUCCUGGAGCCUAUGAAGAGUAUGAGAGCAACCCAUCCGUUUUACACGAUCUGAGAGUAGCGCUCAUCUCCACUGACGAUGGACCCAUGCUAAAUAUAUCCUGGGCUAUCAAAGUAGAUGCGAGCAUUAAUACUCUGAUUGGACUACUGCUUGAUGUGUCAGAAAAAGAUUUUCUUUACUGUCAGUAUAACCCAUCAUUCAACAGUGUUUCAAUAAGGGAUGCAGACGUGCUGUGGUUCAGCUACAAAGUCCAUGCUGAACCUGAUGACUUCACCACCAUAGUGGCAUAUAACUUGCCAGAACCACCAUACGGAUCUGGAAUCCUAAUAUCAAAAUCGACAUCUAUAUCCACUCCAGGUUGUGACAACAUCAUUAUGAUGAGCCAUCACAGUUGCAGUAGAUGGAAAGAAACCACCAGGCAGACCACUGCACAUCCACCCACAUUUAAAGGUAAGUAUGUAAGUUGUCUGCCGCAGCCUUUUUUAUUUGGGUUGAGAUUGUGUUGGCUUCAUGGCUCACCUUGUCAUCACGCAGUGCAAAAGGAACAGUCCAGCGCUUCUUGGAUCGUGCCAUUGGCCAUGCUAGCCAUGUUGCUGGUGUUUGCCAUUGCAGUCGGCCUCUAUAUAGGUCGCUCAAGAAGCUUGUCUAAGAUGACCCCUGAGCUGGUUCCUGUGUCGGUGCUGAUGGUGUACCCGGCCGUUGACGCCGUGUUCCAGCGGGCAGUGCUGGCGCUGGCUGACUUCCUGCAGAGCAGCGGCGGCUGCAGCGUGGCCAUCGACGUGUGGCAGCGGGGCCGACUGGCCGAGCUGGGCCCGCUCCGCUGGCUGCACACCGUCGCCGAGAGCGCCGACAGGGUCCUCGUCGUGCUGCCUUGCCACGCCGCAGACCUCGACGAGUCCAUGGGAAAGCUGCUCACUCCCUCUUGGGUUGAGCACACAGUACCCGCUUCAGCUUACGAGCUCUACCCCUUGGCGCUCAAGAUGCUCAGUCAUUCCAAGCUGUGGGUGGUCCACCUUGGCAAGACGACAGCGAGGAGCAGCGUGCCUGUGGAGCUGAUGGGCUGCCGCUCAUUCGCCCUGCUCGAGGACCUCCAGAAGCUUUUCCACGGCCUCUGUGCUGGACACACGCCCGUCGGGGCCCCCUGGCUGAGGUCCUGGUGGGGUAGGGGGAAGCGUCGGCAGCAGCUCUGGACAAACUGAAGGAGGUGGUGCAGCAGCUGGAGCAAUGGGUGCAAUCCAAGUCCUGCAAGGGACCCUCCAAAUUGUCACAGUCUGAGCCAUCAGACACAUAUGGUACAUCGGGGAGGGAAUGACAACACAACAACAAAAACAACAACAACAAGCUUUCACUUCAUGCUGACUCGUUUUGUCAAAGCUAUACUUUUUUCACUCUUCAUGUUUCAUUCAUUUGACAGGACAUAAUAUUGGGUAUAUGGGGCUGUUUGAUAUUGCAAAAAUACUUCUGACUAUAUUAUUAGCUUUCACAUGCUUACACUGUUUCCAGUAGCAGUGAGUUUUAAAAAAAAUGAAUAAAGCUCAAAAUCCUUAGAAUAGCUGUUAAUUCCAUAAUAUGCAUUGGGAACUCUACACAUUCAAUUUCAAAUCAAAGCAUGACCAAAAUUGUUGGUCAAGCAGUGUUUGCAUUUUUCUUUACAAAUGUGCAGAGUAUCAUGAACUUCACACAAAAAUUUGUUCAAUGAAAAUCUGUCAAACUCUGCCAAGACACUAAAAGUGUGUCAUGAUUGGAUCACUCAGCACAGCAGGUCAAUGAACCAAAACACAUCAAAAUCAAAAGUCUACUGAUCUAAACUUGAUAGAAACACAAUGAGGCGAGUCAAAGAGGAGAAUGCAGUGACAACCUAGGAAUCUGGACUAUCUGGAAAGAUGUUGUAAAGAGGAAUGAUCUCAAAUACUUUGCAUGGUUUAAGGAUGUCAUAGGGGAGCAUUACCAGCUGUUUUGUUGGCAAAGCAAAGCUAAACAAGGUAUUACAUAUAGGGAUGCCAAUAAUCGUGGCACUUAUCUUUUUUGUUAAAAAUAUAUAUCUUUAUGAAGUAUUUUUGUUUGUCAGAAUAAAUUUGCUUUCUUUCAA